CUCGACCUUUCACUCCCACGAAAGAGAAAGAAAGAUGGACUUGACAUGGUAUGUCAAGGUAAGCUGGCCUCAGGAGGACUGACUGAUGAAUCGCUGACACUGGGAACAUUGAUUUGUACAGGGGUAUAAUCCACCUGUUUAAGCCCCUGUACACACAGAUUAAACACAGGGAAAGCUGGACAGGUUCAGGUGGAAGUCGCUGAUCAACAAAUAAAUAUUACAAUAUGGAGAACAGGCAAAAAUGUUGAAAAGUGGAGGGUGUAUGUGAACAAGUAAUAUGGACCUGUUACUAUGUUAAACUAGUGGUUUGAUUAAGUCCGUAUAUAAAGUAAGAUGGGUGCCGUCAACAGUUGCUGCAUCCCUCGCCACACAGGCAGUGACUGUGGUGAAAACCAUACCAAGACCCCAAAGGGCAAAGGUCACAGGCGCAAUCUAAGUGCAACCUUCAACUUGAGUCUUGUAGAAGACGAUCCACUUCAAACUCUAAUCAAUAUUAAUUUUGCUACAGAGGAAGAGCUGAUGACAUUGCCAGGGAUUAAUAGGGCCACAUCACAGAGUAUUAUUGAGUAUCGCAGACAAAUUGGAGGAUUUAAAAAAGUGGAAGAUUUAGCUCUGGUUUCUGGAGUAGGUGCUACAAAAUUAAAUGUUAUCAGGAAUGAAAUAUGUGUAUCAAAAAAAUCAUCCAAUACGAGUGGUACAAGUUCAUCGCGAGGGAGUUCUCUGAGCAGUAGUAAGCAGGAUCUGUCUGUGGCACAUUUAAACAAAGAACAGCCUAAAAAGUCUGCUACAGUUCCAACGCUAAUUAACAUCAAUACCUCAAAUGUUUUCCAAUUGAUGAAAAUAAAAGGGGUUGGUCAGUCGCUCGCUGAAAAUAUUGUGGCGUACCGUGACAAAAAAGGUCCCUUUUCAACAGUAGAGGAUCUAGUCAAAGUCAAGGGCAUCGGUCCAUCAGUAUUAAGUACAAUUAAGUAUUUGGUGACUGUGGAAGAUAACUUGUCUUCUUCAGAGGAACGUUCUGACCAUAGAUCAGAACUAAAUGGGGACUUAGCAAAUAGAGUUUCCCCCCCAGAAACAAGAGGCGUAGGGUUAGACAACAGUCAACCACGGUUACUGACAGCUUCUGUAGAAAACAUUCUGGAUAUAAUUAAGCCAAUUGUGAAAAAUUCUAAAAGGCCAAAUGUUACACCAUUUUUAUUCAAGAGAAAAAAACGACAUGCUGUACGAUUGGCUUCUUGGAAUAUUGAGCGAUUUUCAUCAGAAAAAGCAGAUAACAUCGGUGUGAAAGAAGUUGUCUGUCUGACAGUUUUAGAAAAUGGGCUAAGUUUGGUGGCAUUCCAAGAAUUGGCUGACGAAGAGGCACUUACAAAGAUUUGUAAAGAAUUAAACAAUCCCAGCAUUCCAGGGGUGAAGAAGUUUCAGGGUCACCGUGGUGUUUGGAAAUGUGUGGUAUCCAAGGCAGCAGGGCGAAUGUACCAGGCUUUGGAAUACAAUGGCUUCCUGUAUGACACUUCACAGCAAAUAGAACUGAAGAGUUCGGCCCUGCUGGAAAAAGCGAAGAAUACGCCCAAGUCGUUUGUGAGGAAGCCAUUCAUUGGUGUAUUUAAGAUCCGUAAGUUUGACUGUGUAGUUGUUAGUGUACAUCUGAAAGCCACUGGACUUAACAACCAGGAUAUGCCACAGCUCCAGAAGGAAAUAGAUCAGGUGCCACAUGUGGUGGAGGCAAUAGAGGACCACUACCCAGGAGAGAAGGAUAUCAUCAUGUUGGGAGACUUCAACCUCGCCCCAGACAAGGAGGACUUCAACUGUUUGCGUGACAGAAACUACUCCAACUGUAUCCCUCAUGGUCACUUCACCAACAUCAGCAAUAACAACCUGAAGGGCUCGCGGACAUAUGACCAUAUCUGGAUCUCAGAACAGUCCAAGGAAAUAUUCACAGGGUACUCAGCUGUGGUCAGAGAAGGUCUCAGCAGCCCCUGGAUCCCAAACGGCUGGUCCUGGGGAGGACUCAUAAGUGACCACUGUCCAGUCUGGGCCGAAUUUUACUCCAACAAGGACUUAGACACAGCGGAUCUAAGCCUCAGUGCAGAAACCAUCAAGUUUGCUGUUGGAGCUGACUAAAAUCUGUGUGAUAUCACUGGAUCUAACAAGUGAUCAAGUCAAACACUAAUAGUCGAUAUAUUUUAGGAUACAACCUAGCGGACAGUGAUAGGACAUACAUGACCCUGUGUUUUCUAGACACAAACAAACCACAGGCCAUACAGGACCCUGUGUUGUCUAGACACAAACAAACCACAUGUCAAUAAUCCUGUUAUUGGUGUGAAACGCAAAAUAUGAUUGAUAUAUAGUGUCUCAUUCUAGGAAAUGGAGGAAUGUGGCAGCUAGCGUAUUGGACAGGAAAUGUUAUAUGAGUAUCCAUAACUACAGACUUUUAUUUAUUACUCAGAGAUAUAUGGAAUAUACUAGUUAUGGGCUGUUGUCCUGGUUGUCUGCCCAUACAUAGGUCAUGUCUGGAUGGUAGAAAUAUAGUGCUAACCUUCACUAAUAUUGAGAUUAUAAAUACUUCACUUUGAUUAUAGAGUGUCUAUUGAAUGUUAAGUUAAAACUCUCGUUGCAGGACAAUUUCAAACUUAAAUUACAAAGAUAAAUGUUAGAGUGUUGUAUUGUAAUGAAUGAAAGUGUUUAGUAAUGCUCUUGGUGCCUGCUAUGUCAGUACCUGUGCAUACUUGCCAACUUCCAGGAAAUUUCCAGUGGGGGCGGGGGUUUGCUCAUGUUCAAAUUAUCAAAGUACUCUUAUAGACCUCCUUUUGACGAACCAAUACCCCAAAACUACAUUUAUUAAGCUGCCUCUUCUCUUGGAAUAACUCAAUUUUUUAUAACAGAAGUUUUACUGGUAGUUUAGGUCUAACUAGAUUUAGAGAAAAAGUUGUGAGUGUCCCUCCUGAUGGAGAUGGGUUGGUAGUAGUAGAGAUAAACCUGACCAUAAGUUUAUGAUGAGAAUUCUUGCCAUUUAUUUGCUUUCUGAUGCUUUAUAAACCUGGUAUCUUGCCUAAUGUACAGGUAGAUAUUAUAGAUUAUCUGUGUUAAAGUCAGUCGGGGGAUAUUGUUUAUGCCAACAUAUAUAUACAGUGUAGUCAUGUAAAUACUGAUGGUAAUUGUUGAUGUAGGGGAAUUGCAAUUUGCUUUAAAGGCUGUAUUUUACAAAUUAAACGAGAAAUUUCAGUUUUCCAUUACAAAGUGCCAGACCAUGCUGUUUGGUGAUGAAUGGCAAGCCUUCAGAACAAGGGGAGGUAACUCAUGUUUGGUGAUGAAUGGCAAGCCUUCAGAACAAGGGGAGGUAACUCAUGUUUGGUGAUGAAUGGCAAGCCUUCAGAACAAGGGGCAGUAACUCAUGUUUGGUGAUGAAUGGCAAGCCUUCAGAACAAGGGGAGGACACUCAUGUUUGGUGAUGAAUGGCAAGCCUUCAGAACAAGGGGAAGUAACUCAUGUUUGGUGAUGAAUGGCAAGCCUUCAGAACAAGGGGAGGACACUCAUGUUUGGUGAUGAAUGGCAAGCCUUCAGAACAAGGGGAGGUAACUCAUGUUUGGUGAUGAAUGGCAAGCCUUCAGAACAAGGGGAGUAAACUCAUGUUUGGUGAUGAAUGGCAAGCCUUCAGAACAAGGGGAGGAAACUCAUGUUUGGUGAUGAAUGGCAAGCCUUCAGAACAAGGGGAGGACACUCAUGUUUGGUGAUGAAUGGCAAGCCUUCAGAACAAGGGGAGGUAACUCAUGUUUGGUGAUGAAUGGCAAGCCUUCAGAACAAGGGGAGGAAACUCAUGUUUAGACUGAUUUGCUAACAUGUAUACAGCGAACACUUUGAUAUUAUUUGUUCACUUUUUCAGAAGAAAUUAUUGUCUUCUUUUAAAUAUUUUGUCAUUCUUCAUGCAUGUAUGUAUACAUUUUUAAUGCUUUGUUACCAAAUAUUAAUGACCCCAUAUUUCAUCAAUUGACCUUUAACCUCCACAUAAAAUAUAACUUACACAUGAAAUUUGAGUUGAUAAGUGAUACUUUUUUGAAAGCUCAAAUAUGAUGAAUUUCAUAGACAAUUUAUCUAAUUUAUAAAUACAAUGAACACAUCUAUUAUCGAUUGUGUCGAAGUAUCAGAUCAGUUACAUACAAUACAUUAGGUACAUAUUAUUAUAUGUAACUACAUUGUACCCCAACAUAACACCUUUACUAGAUAUCUAUUGGUGAUAAUCCAGUGUGAUUCUAACACCUUUACUAGAUAUCUAUUGGUGAUAAUCCAGUGUGAUUCUAACACCUUUACUAGAUAUCUAUUGGUGAUAAUCCAGUGUGAUUCUAACACCUUUACUAGAUAUUGGUGAUAAUCCAGUGUGAUUCUAACACCUUUACUAGAUAUCUAUUGGUGAUAAUCCAGUGUGAUUCUAACACCUUUACUAGAUAUCUAUUGGUGAUAAUCCAGUGUGAUUCUAACACCUUUACUAGAUAUUGGUGAUAAUCCAGUGUGAUUCUAACACCUUUACUAGAUAUCUAUUGGUGAUAAUCCAGUGUGAUUCUAACACCUUUACUAGAUAUCUAUUGGUGAUAAUCCAGUGUGAUUCUUACACCUUUACUAGAUAUCUAUUGGUGAUAAUCCAGUGUGAUUCUUACACCUUUACUAGAUAUCUAUUGUAAUAAUCCAGUGUGAUUCUAACACCUUUACUAGAUAUCUAUUGGUGAUAAUCCAGUGUGAUUCUAACACCUUUACUAGAUAUUGGUGAUAAUCCAGUGUGAUUCUAACACCUUUACUAGAUAUCUAUUGGUGAUAAUCCAGUGUGAUUCUAACACCUUUACUAGAUAUCUAUUGUAAUAAUCCAGUGUGAUUCUAACACCUUUACUAGAUAUAUAUUGGUGAUAAUCCAGUGUGAUUCUAACACCUUUACUAGAUAUCUGUUGGUGAUAAUCCAGUGUGAUUCUAACACCUUUACUAGAUAUAUAUUGGUGAUAAUCCAGUGUGAUUCUAACACCUUUACUAGAUAUAUAUUGGUGAUAAUCCAGUGUGAUUCUAACACCUUUACUAGAUAUUGGUGAUAAUCCAGUGUGAUUCUAACACCUUUACUAGAUAUCAGUCAGAAGUUCACACAUAAACAGAGUAAACUGGAGGCUAUCAAAGGUAAAAGUAUCAUAUAUUAUGACUAAGCCAGCUUGUGCACAAUGUAGUCCCAGGGGUCCAUGGACAAGCUGGUGUAUGGUUGACUUUAUGGACCAGCUGAUCUAUGGUUGACUUUAUGGACCAGCUGGUGUAUGGUUGGUUUAAUGGGCCAGCUGGUGUAUGGUUGGUUUAAUAGGCCAGCUGGUGUAUGGUUGUUUUAAUGGGCCAGCUGGUGUAUGGUUGGUUUAAUGGACAAGCACGUGUAUGGUUGGUUUAAUUGGCCAGCUGGUGUAUGGUUGGUUUAAUGGGCCAGCUGGUGGAUGGUUGACUAUGGACCAGCUGGUGUAUGGUUGGUUUAAUGGGCCAGCUGGUGUAUGGUUGGUUUAAUGGGCCAGCUGGUGUAUGGUUGGUUUAAUGGGCCAGCUGGUGUAUGGUUGGUUUAAUGGACCAGCUGGUGUAUGGUUGGUUUAAUGGGCCAGCUUUAAUGAAACAGAACUUCCUGGUUUUAAUGUCCAUGGCAAUGUUCCUUUUUAUAAUACUCGUAAUUGUUGAUUACUAAUUUGCUUUUUAUGAUUUGUAUUCAUUUGUUUAUAUACAGAUAUAUCAUUUACAGCACACGCAAUACUAUUUGCUUUUAUUUUAGCGAGAGAUGAAUAAUUAAUUAAAGAGGCAAACUACAAUGCAACUUGUUUAAUUUACUUGCGAAUUUAAAACUUGUUUUUGAUGCUAGUUGAAUGAUUUUUUAUGCACUGAUUUAUCCAACACUGAAUGACCAAGAAGUAGUUGAUCACCAAGAUCAACAUAUAGAUUGCUGGUGGAUUUGAAAGUUUACCGAUAAAAUGCCAGAAUAUUAUCCUAAUAUGUACCCCUAUCUAUAGACCCUGUGUAUAAGAAAUUGAACAAAUAUAAAUUUCCUUUACAUGUACUUCAUUUGAACAUUUCUUGUAUCAUUUUGUAAUUGUACAUUUCAAUAUACCAAGUACAGUAUAACAGUAACACAGAUUAAGCUUCAGUGUUUGUAUCAUAUCAGCAAUAUAAUUGCAUGUAUGCGUGGGUAUCAAUGUUAAUUAUUGAUAGUUUUAUUUCCUCAAAUCUACCUAGCCAUACGGAUGGAUACUAGGUUUAUAUUCCUCAGAUCUAGCUAGAUGUAUGGACAGGUAUUAGGUUUAAAUUCCUCAGAUCUAGCUAAAUGUAUGGACAGGUAUUAAGGUUUAAUUCCUCACAUCUAGCUAAAUGUAUGUAUGGGUACAGUUUUAAUAACUCAAAUCUUCCUAGCUGUAUGUAUGAGUAGUAGUUUUGAUAACUUGAAUCUGCCUAGCUGUGUGGAUAAGUACUGAGUUUUAGUUUCUCAAAUCUGUGUAAUUGUAUGGAUGCUUACAGAGUUUUAAUUCCUCAAAUCUGCCUAACUGUUUGGAAGAGUACUGAGUUUUGGUUAUACAAAUGGAAGAGUACCGAGUUUUAAUUAUACAAAUGGAAGAGUACCGAGUUUUAAUUAUACAAAUGGAAGAGUACUGAGUUUUAAUUAUACAAAUGGAAGAGUACCGAGUUUUAAUUAUACAAAUGGAAGAGUACCGAGUUUUAAUUAUACAAAUGGAAGAGUACCGAGUUUUAAUUAUACAAAUGGAAGAGUACCGAGUUUUAAUUAUACAAAUGGAAGAGUACUGAGUUUUAAUUAUACAAAUGGAAGAGUACCGAGUUUUAAUUAUACAAAUGGAAGAGUACCGAGUUUUAAUUAUACAAUGGAAGAGUACCGAGUUUUAAUUAUACAAUGGAAGAGUACCGAGUUUUAAUUAUACAAAUGGAAAAGUACUGAAUUUUAAUUAUACAAAUGGAAGACUACUGAGUUUUAAUUAUACAAAUGGAAGAAUACUGAGUUUUAAUUAUACAAUGGAAGAGUACCGAGUUUUAAUUAUACAAAUGGAAAGAGUACCGAGUUUUAAUUAUACAAAUGGAAAAGUACUGAAUUUUAAUUAUACAAAUGGAAGACUACUGAGUUUUAAUUAUACAAAUGGAAGAAUACUGAGUUUUAAUUAUACAAAUGGAAGAGUACCGAGUUUUAAUUCUGCCUAGCUGUUUGGAUGUGCCUAACUGUGUGGAUAAGUACUGAGUUUUAGUUUUUCAAAUCUGAGUAAUUGUAUAGAUGCUUACAGAGUUUUAAUUCCUCAAAUCUGCCUAGCUGUAUGGAUAAGUAAUGGGAAAUCAUUAUGUUUGAGUUAAGGGGUCAAGUAGACAUUUAUAUCCCACCAUUCUCAGAUAUACCAGUACUAGAGUGUUAUGUAUACUGUACAUCAUGGGAUUAGGUUGUGUAUAAACAUUAACACUUUUCAGGAUUACAAGUCUUGAACACAUUUUUGGUAGAAAUACUUUGUUUAUAUCAGGUAAUUACAAAAGUUUGCUCCAAAAAACAGCUCAAAAAGCUUGAACCAACAAAAUAAAGCAUGAAUAUUUCAUAUAAUACCGAUAAACGUUAUAGCUGAGGAUAAACGUCCUACCUGGAAAUAAACAUCAUACCUGAAAAGAAAUGUCAUACCUGAGGAUAAAUGUCAUACCUGAGGAUAAACGUCAUACCUAAAAAGAAACAUUUACCUGAGGAUAAACUUGUUGGUUAUUUAGUCAAUUAUUACUUGUCGGGGAUCCUAUAAACUGAGUUGUAUGUCAGACCAACAUUGUAAUUGUUAAUUUACAUUGCUGUUUAAAUAAACAUAUUUCAUUUGCUGAGUCCCAUCAUCAUCAUCAUCAUCAUCAUCAUUAUCAUCAUCAUCAUUAUUAUCAUCGUCAUCAUCAUCGUCGUCGUCGUCGUCGUCAUCAUCAUCAUCAUCAUUGCUGUUAUCAAUAUUGCAACAGACACCACCCACUGGCCAGUUAUGUCUGCUUUUAGCUUGAUCUUGUACCUAUCAUGGUAAAUGUUCUAUUUUGCAAACAUUUACAACAAUGAACUGAUUGUAUAUGAGCAGUUGUCAAUAAAAUAAGAGGAUGUUUACUGUAGGGUAAACCACAGUUGUUUUUAGAUUAUCGUAUGUACUUUUAAUUUGUAUACAUUUAUAUCGUGAUGAUAUCAUAUUAAUAUUUAAUGUUUAUUUUAAUUUCUUGACAGUUUUUGUUUACAAUGUCAUUUUUGUUUGCAAACCAAAAAUGUUACUACACAUGUUGAUAAGAAAUACAGUAAUUUCAGCCUGU